AUGACUGGAGGCGACCUCCUCAAUCAGGACACGGGCGACAAUGCCACCAACGCCAGCACCGUCCCGGAUGUCACUGAAAACACGCCUCUUAUCGCAAGCUCGCCGAGCCCACCACUGCAACGGCGUAUUGUCGACGAUGACGACGACGAUGCUGCCCAGCACUUUGUCACGCCCAUACGUGCCGCAUGCAUCUGCUUCAGCAUGUGGGUUCUCAUGUUUAUGCAGGCAUGUAACAUGAGCGGCAUGACCAUGGUGCAGUCCGCCAUCGCAGAGGAGCUUGAGGCGUACGAGCUCGUAACGUGGUUCACCUCAGCCUACAUGAUUACAGUCGCCUCAUCGGCGCCGCUAGCCGGCCGCCUUGCUACCAUCUUCUCGCCGGGCUUCAUGAUCCUGACCGCCGGCUGCUUCUUCGCCAUCGGCGCCAUCGUCACCUCCCAGGCCGGUUCCUUCGCCGUCUUCACGCUGGGCCGUGUGCUCAUCGGUAUCGGCGGCGGCGGCGUUAUGACGCUGUCCCUCAUCCUGGUGCUGCAGCUCACGUCCCGAAAGCGGCGCGGCUUGUUCGUCGGCUUGGUCAACUUCGGCUUCACCAUCGGUGUGUCAUUUGGGGCUGUUGUUUUUGGUGCUCUUUUGCCCGUGCUAGGUUGGAGGGCCUUGUUCUGGGUGCAAGCUCCUAUUGGAAUACUGUCCGGAGCUGGUGUCUUUUUUAGUAUCCCGGCGUUUGCUACCACGGGGCCUGCCAAGGGUAAGAGUGUCUUACAGAAGCUCAAGGCUAUCGACUAUGCUGGCGCUGUCUUGUUAACGGCUGCCAUUGUCCUCUUCCUCUACGGCCUGUCCGGUACCAUCCAGGUCCUUCCGAUGAUACUCUCAAUCAUUCCCCUUGUUCUCUUCGUCUUUGUCGAGUACAAGGUAGCAUCCGACCCGCUGAUCCCCAUCAGCGUCCUGCAGUCCCGUGGUGUCUUGUUCUCGUGCCUGGCUCAGCUAGGUUUCAUGGCUUCUCGAUGGAUGGUCCUCUACUACGCGCCCAUUUUCGUCCUAGCUGUACGGGGCCUAUCUCCCACAGUAGCCGGCACAGUUCUCAUCCCCACAAAUCUGGGCUUCGGUAUCGGCGGCCUGGUCGUUGGCUGGCUGCAUAUCCGCCGCUCUGGUGCUUUCUGGCUGCCAUGCAUCGUCUCGAUCUUCCUCUUCGGACUGGCCCUCUUCGGUCUUUCCCUGACGAGCAAUGCCAGCUCUCCAGCAUGGCUAUAUGUGUUGAUUAUCACUUUGAACGGAUUCUGCACCGGCGCGGCAUUAAAUUAUACAUUAGCCCACAUCCUUCACCUCGCUACCCCUGAGACACACUUUAUCGCCACGAGCCUGUUGGCAACCUUCAGGGGCUUCGCUGGCAGCUUCGGGACGGCCAUCGGGGGCGGUAUCUUCACGCGGAGCUUGAGAGAAAACCUGACCGCCGGCUUUUUGAAGCUUGAUGGGACGGCCGAUCUGUCCCCAAGACGGGUGACUCUGAUCAGGAGGCUCCUCGGCAGCCCAAAUUUUGUAUUCAACGGCUACCUGAGCAACGCGGAGAGGGAGGUAGCGGUGAAGGGAUACGAGGCCGCGUUCAACGUCUUGUACACCUCCGCUGCUGCCUUGGUGGUGCUGGUGCUCUUGGUUCAAGCUGGUACAGGCUGGACGGCGCCAGCGAAUCAAGAGGGCGAGGAAGAUAUACAGGAGGAGAUCGCGGAGCACGAUGGGCGCAUGGAGGCUUAG